CAGAUACUAAAGAAAUUUCCCCAGAACGAAAUUCAAAGAAAGAGAGAGAGAAAGAAAAAGAGAAGACUCGUCAGAGAUCACCAUCCCGUUCCAAAUCAAGGUCAAGGUCUCGCUCACAUUCCCCUUCUCAUUCUAGACCAAGAAGGCGUCAUAGAUCACGGUCAAGGUCUUACUCCCCUAGAAGGAGACCAAGCCCAAGACGACGACCAUCUCCUAGAAGGAGGAGUCCUCCAAGGCGCAUGCCUCCCCCGCCCAGACACAGAAGAAGUAGAUCCCCUCUGAGGCGGAGAAGACGGUCAUCGGCAUCUUUAUCUGGAAGUAGCUCUUCCUCCUCCUCUUCACGCUCUCGAUCACCGCCAAAAAAACCACCUAAAAGAAUUGUAUCCAGUCCUCCUCGCAAAACACGUAAACUGUCUCCUUCUGCAAGCCCUCCUAGGCGGAGGCACAGGCCUUCCCCACCAGCAAGUCCACCUCCAAAGCCACGCAGAUCUCCAACUCCUCAGCUGUCAAAUCGUGGAAGAAAAGUCCGUGGCUCUAUUUCUCCAGGCAGAGCCGCAGCACCUAAACAUAAGAGUAUUGAAAAAAGAGAGUCUCCCUCACCAGCGCCAAAACCUAGAAAAGUAGAAUUGUCUGAAUCAGAAGAAGACAAAGGUGGCAAAAUGGCUGCAGCAGAUUCUGUGCAACAGAGACGUCAGUACAGAAGGCAAAACCAACAGUCUUCAUCUGACUCUGGUUCAUCAUCUUCCUCUGAAGAGGAACGACCAAAAAGAUCAAAUGUGAAGAAUGGUGAAGUGGGUAGGCGCAGACGACACUCGCAUAGUCCAUCACCUUCUCCACGGAAACGACAAAAGGACUCUUCCCCUCGGAUGCAGAUUGGAAAGAGGUGGCAAUCACCAAUGAUUAAAAGUAGGAGGAGGAGGAGUCCAUCACCACCACCUGCCAGAAGACGGCGCUCUCCUUCUCCUGCCCCUCCUCCAAGGCGGCGCAGAUCGCCUUCAUUGCCUCGCCGAAGGUCUCCAUCACCACCUCCUCGCAGGCGCUCACCUACUCCCAGACGAUAUUCUCCUCCAAUACAGAGACGAUACUCUCCUUCCCCACCUCCUAAGCGAAGAACAGCAACUCCCCCCGCUCCUCCUCCAAAACGAAGGGCAUCACCUUCUCCACAACCCAAGCGCAGAGUCUCGCAUUCUCCCCCACCAAAACAAAGAAGUUCUCCCGUGGCAAAGAGGCGUUCCCCAUCGCUAUCUUCCAAGCAUAGGAAAGGUUCUCCUUCCAGCAGGUCUAAUCGUGAAACCCGAUCCCCACUACAGAACAAACGGCAUUCACCAUCUCCACGGCCUAGAGCUUCUCAUACCUCUGCAAGUCCACCGCCUCUGCGAAGGGGAACGUCAUCUUCACCCAAGCGGAGACAGUCUCCAUCUCCAAGCAGUAGACCCAUCAGGAGAGUGUCAAGGACCCCGGAACCCAAAAAGACAAAGGCUUCCACACCAAGUCCACAGUCUGUGAGAAGGGUGUCUUCAUCCAGGUCUGCAUCAGGAUCGCCUGAGCCAGCACCUAAGAAACACCAAGUCCCUCCUUCCCCUACUCAGUCUCGAUCCCCCUCCACUAACUGGUCGCCGCCACAUGUGAAAAAGGCUCAAAGUCCUACGCAGAGUCCAUCCCCUGCAAGGAAUUCUGACCAGGAAGGUGGCGGGAAGAAAAAGAAGAAGAAGAAGGAUAAGAAGCAUAAAAAGGACAAAAAGCACAAGAAACACAAAAAACAUAAGAAAGAGAAGGCUGCAGCUGCUGCAGCAGCUGCUGCUGUUACUUCAGCUGCUACUUCAUCAGCCCAGGAAGACCCAGAAGCAGAGACAGAGCUCAAAAAGGAGACAGAGAGCGAAGCAGAAGAUAACUUGGAUGAUUUAGAAAAACAUCUGCGAGAGAAGGCACUGAGGUCGAUGAGGAAGGCACAAGUGUCACCACCAUCUUAGGCUGAAACCUUUGAUAUAAUGUACAUUUUAUUUGGUUUGUACUCAGAAUUCAAUUUCAAAUUGCUAAAAUGUGUUUGAGCUUUAGAAAUAUAACAUUUGUUGUAAUAAUUGCUAGGUUGAGGUUCACCAUGUAAAAAAGGCAUGGAUUUACAUUACAAAAAACAUCCACAGUGUACUAGUGACAUUCUUUCAUUGACAGUUGACAUUAUUUCAUGUAGAGUGAAACUUUUUAGAAGCAGUAAGAUGGGUCAAGGUUUUUAAAAAUGACUGGCAACCUCAGUUUCUUUAAAAUGUACCAAAACCUGUACAAUUUUUUACAAAGUUCUCAUUUUUUGUUUUGUUUUACAUUGCUACUAACCUUUGUGAUUUAUAAGCUUGCCCAGAAAUGAAACCACUUGAAUUGCAAGGGAAGUACAUAUGAUAUUUUAAUGCCAUAAUUGCUCCAUUGUUACCUGUGUCGUUGCCACUGAAGUGAAUCAAGAACAGAAAUUUAGAAUGGUACGUAAAUGAAAGCAUGUCGUUUGCCAGGACACUGUGGGUUUAUAUUGAUGUAAUAAGUUGAUUUGGAACACUGGAAUUUCAUUUGUAUUUUUGUUCUUUUUUUUUAAAAGGGCAGUUUUUCCUUAUCAGCAGUCCCAGAGAAGUUCCACACUUACAUAAAUUUUGUUUGUGAAAAGAUGUUGUAGCCCCAUUCAUGAUUCUUGUCUGGUUGCGGUUCUUCUUAGUGCUAUACGUAACUUUCAGAGAUGAUGUCUUUGAAAGCCUGAAGGACCUGAACUUUGGAUAUUGUCAUGUUUUCACUGUUUUUCUGUUUUUUUAACUAAAGCUAUAUAAAGCUUGUGGAUUAAACAAAAUAAAUUUCUAAAUUUAAA